GGUUAGACAGUUGACAGCACGACCAACUUCCAUUCUUUAAGAGUUUCUUUCUUUUUGGAUUCUUUUCUCACAUCCAAACCAAAAUUGUAAUAAUAAAAUACAAACUAUUUAAAUUUAAAAAAUAGGGUUUUUUGAUACGGAGGAUUUUGUUCUCAUCUUUUAAGUACUGAGGAUUUUGUUGGACAUUUUCUUACCUCCAUUAUUGGCAGAGAGAAACAAAGAAAUAAAGAACAAAAGCAAAUAACAGAGAAUAUGGAUUUGGUUCAGAAGCAGAAGAGUUUGCAAGAUUACACCAAAUCACUCUUCUUAGAAGGGAUUUUGGACAGCCAGUUCUUGCAGCUGCAACAACUACAAGAUGAAAGCAAUCCAGAUUUUGUUUCACAAGUUGUCACACUCUUCUUCCAAGACUCUGAUAGGAUUCUCAAUGAUCUCUCACUUUCCCUAGAUCAACAAGUUGUAGACUUUAAAAAAGUUGAUCCCCAUGUUCAUCAACUCAAAGGUAGCAGCUCCAGUAUAGGAGCACAGAGAGUUAAGAAUGCUUGUGUUGUCUUCCGCAGCUUCUGCGAGCAGCAAAAUGUCGAAGCAUGUCAUAGAUGUUUGCAACAAGUGAAGCAAGAGUAUUAUCUUGUGAAAAACAGAUUAGAGACUCUGUUCAAGCUGGAGCAACAGAUUGUAGCUUCUGGUGGAAUGAUCCCGGCCGUCGAACUCGGAUUUUGAGUGAAUUUCAUAAACAUCUCUGUCCAUUGUUGUUUCAUUUUGGACUCUCUCUUCUUCCUCUCUUUAUGUGACUAUCAAAAAAAGGUUCUUAUGUGAACUUCUUUCUUUGUGCCAUUGGAAGAGUGAGACAUGCUAAAACGUUUCUUAAUCCACAUCUAAAUCCCACAUAUGUAAAAUAAGAUCUCAAGCAAACAUAUAGUCAUGAGUCAUGACUACAAUUAUAUAGAGUUUGAUCAAGAUAAUGUACGCAUCAAGGUAAUGUGAUCCGGACAACUUGGUUAGGUAUUAGGUUGUUGUUUUACUGUAACUGUUAGAAGUAGUUAGAAGUCUUGUAGUCCUUGACCAAAGAACACAGAUGGGCCAUAUGAAUUUUAGUAGCCCAAGAUGAUAACAAAGGGCCCGUACUAAACAUCCAUGAUGAUCUUGGAAAUCUUUUUUUUAUUACGAUUGCACUUCGACGAAUCUCUAAAGAUUUUCAGACAUUUAUACAAUGCAAUUAAGAAAAAAAUAAAGUUAUACUAUGUGAGUGCACGUUAAAUAAUGUAGCUAAAAAUAAAAUAAUGACAAAAUUCUUAAUUACUUACAGAUCCGUGACCUGUCGUCGACUAUAUAUGGCUCCAAUUUAUAACCUCAUGUUCGAUUUCUAGACUUCUAGUUUACCACUUAUAACUUUGUAUUGCUCUAUACUCGUAUUAAUUAGUGCUCCAUCUUUUUUAUUUG